AUGGGCCCGUCCCAGGACCUCUUGGGCCAACUCUGGAAAGAAUAUGCCAAAUCUGACUCGCGAUAUUUGAUCUCCGAUCCAUUCGUAGUCAGCAUAGAGGCAGUCACAGUGGCAGUUUGGGGUCCAUUGUGCUUAUCUGUUGCGUAUCUCACGGCCGUUCAGCAUCCGUUGAAACAUCCACUACGAAUCAUCGUGUGUGUAGCGCAUCUGUACGGAGAUGUUCUGUACUAUGCCACCAGUCUCUUUAAUCACUACGUCAAUGGGAUCUCGUACAGCCGUCCCGAGGUUCUUUACUUCUGGGUGUAUUAUUUUUUUAUGAAUUUCGUGUGGAUCGUGGUGCCAGCAGGACUUCUUUACAGUAGUGUUUGCACUGUAUCAAACGCCCUGCGAGCUGCUGAAAGAACUGGAGAACAGAAAAAGGUGAAAUAG